AUGGAUGCUUGGCAAUCAAUCGUAAAGAAAGCAAAGAAAAUUGGACAUAAAGCUAAUAAAACAGUCCAUAACUAUCCCAAGUUACCAAAAUUUUCCUUAGAAGAAAAAAAUUUGCCCUUUCAGAUUGGGUCGAAGGUUUCAGUAAAAGAUUAUAACACUUUUCUUGAUCACAACGAAUCAAGUGAAUACAAAUUUCAUUGGGACAACGGAAAUGUAUAUAUUGUUGAUAUGGCUAACGAAGAACACAAAGUUGUUGUCUCACUGCUUCAAGGCUGUUUCAAAGCUCCAAACAAUGGUGUGAAACAUGGUCCUUCAAUAGUGAUUACAGGUCAAUCAUUUCAUUAUAAUCCAUCCAACAUUGCAUUAAAAAUCGCACCAGACAUCGCAGUUCGCCCAAAUACUGCUCAUGUUCUGAGACCUAUCAUUCCGUAUCCUGGUUCUCCUCCUAGCAAUACAAUUGGUAAUCCUUAUGCAAAAAUAAUCUGUGAGGUAGCUUUAGCUCAAAGCACUUCUUAUUGGGAGGAAAAAUGUGAGAAUUGGAUGAAUGAACAAUAUGUGCGGUGCGUAUUCGGUAUCAAGAUCCAUAACAUAAGAACUGUAAAUAAACACGUUCAUAGGUCAAUGAUGGCUAGGCUAUGGACGCGUCAAACACCAGCACCACCGGGGAGCACACCAGCAACAGGAAUAGCAGGAUGGGAUUUCGGCACUCUACAAUUUAAUAGUAAUAACCCAACUGGUUGCACAGGUCCGAACAUUCCUGCAUACCAAGUCAAUAUCCCAGUAUCAGAUGUUUUCUGGGACCCACCAAUUGUUGCGGGAAUUCCAAAUGUUAUUGGGUAUACUGUAGCAGUACCUCCCGCGAUCACUGCCAAUAAUUUUACCAUUGAUUUAUACGAUAUUCAACAAAAUUUUUUAGAAACACAGUAA